UCAGUGUCUUCUGCCGCGGUCGCAGUCCCGCGCUGUCAGGCAGCUCGAGGCACUCGCUCCGCUCCCCGGCUCCCGCCGCCAUGAAUCUCUGCAGGGUCGCCUCGCAGGCGCUGGCCUGUCGCCUGAGCAGGGCUCCCUCUGCUGCCAGCCGCCUCAAGCAGCGUGCACCUCUUCGCCAGAUGUCAUCUGGGAGUGUUCCUGGCUCUUCUGGAGAGAACAUGAUUUACUAUCUCCUUGCUGGUGCUGCUUCUCUUGGUAUUUUAUUUUAUGCCUACAGAACGGUCAGUUCAUCCCGCAGCAACUAUAUUGACCAUAUGAAUAUUCUCCAUGAGAGAGCUGAAGGGCGGAAAGGCAAACCUUGGUCAAGCAGGGGUGACGAAGAGGAGGCGGCUGGAGCCACUGAAGCAGAGACAGCCACAGAAGAGGCUGCUGCAGUAGCUGCUGCUGGACCUGCAGCACAGGAUGAGGGUGCUGAGGUAUCCCCAGAAACUGGAGGGGAGAGUGCUCCAGAUGCAUCCCCUGCUGUGGAGGAAGCACAGCAGGAAGCUGCUGCUAAUUCGGAAGCUGCUGCUAAUUCAGAAGCUGCUGCAGUGCAAGAAACUAUGAGUGAAGUCUUGGAUGUUGCAGCUUCUUCUGCCCAUGAGGAAAACUUAGAUAGUGUCAAGGAAGGAGUAGCUUCAGAAGCCUCAGAAGCUCAAGAGAUUUCUGACACAUCCUCAAGGAGCCAGGACGUUGAUGUUGAGGAAUCGGGGCAAAUUUCAGAAGGUGCAAGAGUGCAGCUGGUUUCUGUGGAGGAAGAGACACCUGAAGAAGUUACUAAGGAGCCCUAAAGUAAACAGUGCUGAAGCUCUUGAAAAGAUUAAUGGACAUCUUUGUGGCACUCAACCAGUUGAUUCCUGUGUGAAACCUCA